UCCUGGGAAAGCGAGGGGGUUGGGAAGGGGAAGCAUGCCCCCAGCCAAAGUUACUGUAUCUGUCCCCCAGGGCUUUUCUGUGGGGGGGCUGCACCCAGCACAGAAGCAGGCCGGGCUGUGGGCGAGCAUGGAGGAGGAACGGGCCGGGCUGUGGGCGAGCAUGGAGGAACAGGCCGAGAGCUCCUGCCCUGGGGCUCUGCUGGGCAAGAGUGGGUGGUGCAGGCAGGGAACAGCCAGACAACCCUCUUCAUUGUGCUUUUCCAGGAUCCUCAGACUCACUUAUAAAAUAUUAAGGGUGAGCCGGCCCGAGAUGAGUCUGGAGUCGUUAUUUCAGCACAUCAUCUUCACUGAGCAUCAGGCCGAGGAGAGUCGCAGAGUGAUGCGGGAAGUGAGGUCAGAAAUUGCCAGAUGUCGCGGGAAAAUUAAGAAAGCAACAGAGGAUCUGAAUGAAGAAAAGAUCAAGUUGGAAUCCAAGGUUCAGCAGUUUUCUGAGAAAACUUUCCUCUUAGAGCUUUUGAAAACCCGUGAAAACGCAUUAGAGAGACAGUGCAGUGAGAUUGUCAGUGAGCGGGACAGACUGCUCCAAGCCUGCGAGGCUAUCAAGAAGAAAACCACAGAGCAAGAGGAAAGAUUUAUUGAGGAAAUUACAGACUUCAAUGACAAUUAUGAAAUAACCAAGAAAAGAGCUGCUUUGAUGGAAGAAGAUACCAAGCUGGAGACGGCUGACUUAGAAAACCAGGCAGCGGCUUUGAGAGGGGAGAUGAAGUCAAUGGAAUAUAACAGUGGCCAGUUACAGGAACUUCAAAAGCUGAAAAGUGAACUGUUACAAGAAUUAUUUACUCUCCAGAAAAAGCUUAAAGUUCUUAAAGAUGAAGAGACUGAAGCCAUUUGUAUCACCAAACAUCUAGAGGCAGAAAAAAUCAAAAUAAGAGAAAAGCCUCAACAUGACCCCGAGUGCGUGCGCAGGCUUAAAAGGGAGCUAGAUCUUUAUAAAGAAGAAGACAUGGAAAGUGUGUGUAGAGCUCUCCAAAUAGAAGUAGACCUUCUGGAGUCGACACUGGCGCCAAAGGAUCCUCAGGACGGUAACUCCUUGAGCCGAUGAGUCACCCCACAUUUGAGCAUCAUAGAACCCAACAUGAGUGGAACCUGUAGAGCAGAUCUCUAUAUGAACAUGAGGUUCAGACCAGCGUGAAGAGUGCUGACUUUUUUGUAUACCUACAUGAUAAGUUUUGUCUUGUUACUUAAGAAAUCCUCGUGCGGUUUUGAAAGAUACUGAACUCCAGGCUUCUUAAGCUGCUCUGUCCUUUGUGAUCUGUCUGCCUCAUUUUUUAUUGUGGCUCGCCCUAAGUCCUGUCAAACACACACGGAAAGAAUGUUCAGGUUAUUGAUUCAGUUGUGUUGGUGCCAUUUCAGCCAGAGAAGAGUACUUACUUUGAAUUUAUUCUUUUUCCAAUCAUAAAAUGUCUGUCAACAGCGA